AUGAAGGUCACUUUCCUCUCGCUCCUCUUGGUUUCGUUGCCUCUCCUCUCCACUGCAUCCAUCGAACCCUCGGCGCAUGUUCGUGCGCGUCAUCAUCGCCGCGGUCGAGGUUUGCACGCCGACCCAUCCUCCCCGUCCGACCCCGCCCUUUACUCGCGCGACCUCUUCGGCGAUCGUCCUCGCAUCCAACCGCGCUCCGAACCAGGCACCGCCAUCGCCAAAUCUUACACCAAAGUCACCGAUGAGGUGUUCGACUACGUCAUCGCUGGUGGCGGAACUGCAGGUCUCGCGCUCGCAGGUCGUUUGUCCGAAGACCCAGAUGUGACCGUCGCCGUUAUCGAAGCCGGUCACACUGGAUACGCCGAUGACGAGGCGCUUUUGGUCCCUGGCAAUGCUUACUUCAAGUCUUCAGUCGGGAGCGACCUCGACUGGCAGUACACCACGGCACUGCAGUCCAAGUUGCAGGACGCAUCCGGCAACCCACGCACCGCCAGCUGGCCUCGCGGUAAAGUUCUCGGUGGAUCCUCCGCCAUCAACGGCAUGUACUACGUCGCUGCCAGCAAGCGCGAGCACCAAGUGUGGGGUCGCCUUUCCGGCGAUCAAGCAACUUGGGGCUGGCACAGUCUUCGAGACGCCAUGAAGAAGUCCACCAACUUCACUCCCAACACGAUCAAACAGCUCGACGCUAGCAUUCAGAACCAGACCGAGCACAUGGGUGAUAAAGGUCCCGUUUCGAUCACCUAUCCUGGUGUCAGCUACCAGCCUGUCGCUGACUGGGUCCCCACUCUCGCCGCUAUUGGGCUUGACCACGCUGAAAGCCCGUACGAUGGUGAGAACCAGGGAGCCUUCAUUGCUACUUCCACCAUCAACCCGAAAGACUGGGAGCGAUCCUUCUCUCGCAGUGCUUACCUCGACCCCAUCGCCAACAAACGCAAGAACCUCGUCGUGCUUCCUAACCAGACUGUGACGCGUAUCAUCUGGGACACGGAGCUCGAUGACGAAGGCAACGUUCGAGCCCUUGGUGUCGAGUUCGCUGCUAACUCUAGUGCUCCCCGCGUCCACGUCACCGCGCGUCGCGAAGUCAUCCUCAGCGCUGGCGCCAUCGGCUCACCGCAGAUCCUCCAACUCUCUGGAUUCGGUUGCAAGGAGCUCCUCAAGAAGAACAACGUCACCCUCGUCAAGGAGCUUCCUGGAGUCGGCCAGAACCUGCAAGACCAUCUCUCUACCAGUGUCGCCUUCACCCCGGCUUCCGGCCUCAUCAUGCCCACCGCCACCAACCUCACCAAGCAAGCCUCGUUCGUCGACUCUUCCGUCGCCUACGUCACGCUCGAGAACAUGUACGGAUCCAACGAGACCACUGCCUUCCUCGCUCGAGCCAAGAAGUUUUCGGCAGACUACAUCAAGUCGGCCACCAACGUUCCUGCUGCCGUGCGCCGAGGUUGGGCGAAGCAGUACAAGUUCUUGCUCGAGGAUCUGCUUGCUCCCAAGAGCCAGCAUGGAUUCACCGGUGCCGCAAAAGGAGCCAUGGAGAUGCUUCUUGGAAUCAGCAACGGCGCAACCAUCCAGAUCGAGACCGCCCUGCAAGCUCCCUUCUCCCGCGGUUGGGUCGAAAUCGCCUCCAACGACCCCUUCGAUAAACCCACUAUCAACCCGAACUAUCUCCAACACCAAUCCGACGUCGAACUCCUCCGAUCCGGCAUCCAACUCGCCCGUAAAAUCGGCACCACCGCCCCGCUCUCCUCCCUCACUUCCUCCGAGGCCACACCGGGUGCCUCGACCACCUCGGACGCCGACAUCGACAAGUUCGUCGCAUCCAGCGCUCAGACCGAGUACCACCCGAGCUCGACCUGCAGCAUGCUCGACGAGGACGACGGCGGAGUGGUGGACAAUGAGCUGCGCGUCUACGGCACUGCAAAUGUUAGGGUGGUGGAUGCGAGCGUGAUUCCGAUCUCCUUGUCGAGCCAUUUGAUGUCGGCCACGUAUGCCAUUGCCGAGGUCGCGGCGGAUCUGAUCAAGGCUUGUCCGUUCGAGGUGGUCGAUGAAUGCGAUUGGGAUGGUGGUGAUGAUGAGGACCAGGAGGAGGCUAAGGUAUCAGCGGCGAGCAAGGCUGAUGACAAGGAGGAGGACUGCGAUGACGGUGAAGCGUAA